AUGGUAUCAAAGCUCCAAUUUUUACUUGGAGGGAAUGGAUAUUUCUUGUUGUGGAAGAAGAGGAUGUUGGCUCAUCAGAACGUUCUAUGGUUAAAGGAGGGGUUAGUCGAUGAUCAUGGAGUGAUGAUUCAAGAAGGCCAAGAAUCGAAAGCUGAUAAGAAGGCCAAGAAGAGGAUUUUGAACCCUAUUGAUGUUAAUGAAUACAUUUUCUAUUGCUAUGCUUCUGGUUGUUUGAUGAUGAUUCAAUAG